GUUAAAGGCCCCCAAAAUAUGCAUAUGUGAAAAGGCCAAAAAGUAACCGUCAUUGACAGGGAGUCUUAACUAGAAAAGGAAACAGGACCAAACUGGCGGGCUCGGUGAAAGCACAGCCGGCAGCGUCCCGGACGAGGAGCUUCCUGAAAAUUUGUGUUCCUAUGUAUGAAGAUGUCUUUGGUGGACUUAGGGAAGAGGUUGCUAGAAGCAGCAAGAAAAGGCCAAGAUGAUGAAGUGAGAACAUUGAUGGCAAAUGGUGCCCCAUUCACCACAGACUGGCUUGGAACAUCACCCCUCCACCUUGCAGCCCAGUAUGGUCAUUAUUCCACAGCAGAAGUGCUCCUUCGAGCAGGAGUUAGCAGGGAUGCACGGACCAAAGUGGACAGGACCCCUUUGCACAUGGCUGCAGCUGAUGGACAUGCACACAUCGUGGAACUACUUGUUAGGAAUGGUGCAGAUGUGAAUGCCAAGGACAUGCUGAAGAUGACAGCUUUGCACUGGGCCACAGAGCACCACCAUCGAGAUGUUGUAGAGCUGCUUAUCAAGUAUGGAGCUGAUGUCCAUGCUUUCAGCAAGUUUGAUAAAUCUGCUUUCGACAUAGCCCUGGAGAAGAACAAUGCUGAGAUUCUGGUCAUCCUUCAGGAAGCAAUGCAGAAUCAGGUGAAUGCUAAUCCGGAGAGAGCCAACCCUGUGACUAUGGCUACCCCAUUUAUCUUCACGUCAGGAGAAGUUGUCAACUUCGCAAGCCUUGUUUCUUCAGCCAGCACCAAGACAACCUCAGGUGACCCCCAUGCCUCCUCAACAGUACACUUCUCAAAUUCUACCACCUCAGUGCUGGCCACUCUUGCAGCUCUUGCUGAGGCAUCAGCUCCCCUCUCCAACUCACACAGAGCCACAGCUAAUUCAGAAGAAAUCAUAGAGGGAAAUUCUGUUGAUUCAUCAAUCCAGCAAGUGGUGGGGAGUGGAGGCCAGAGAGUCAUCACCAUAGUGACCGAUGGAGUCCCUCUGAGUAAUAUCCAAACUGCAAUCCCUGCUGGAGGCAUUGGCCAGCCGUUUAUUGUGACUGUGCAAGAUGGACAGCAAGUUCUAACUGUACCUGCUGGUCAGGUUGCAGAGGAGACUGUCAUUGAGGAAGAGGCAGAAGAAGCAGAGAAAUUGCCACUGACUAAGAAACCAAGGAUAGAAGAGAUGACAAACAGUGUGGAAGAAAGCAAGGAAGGCACUGAAAGAGAGCUCCUUCAGCAGCAACUCCAGGAGGCGAAUCGGAGAGCCCAGGAAUACCGACACCAGCUUCUAAAGAAAGAGCAGGAGGCAGAACAAUACCGCCUCAAACUAGAGGCCAUGGCCCGACAACAGCCCAAUGGAGUUGAUUUUGCCAUGGUUGAAGAGGUGGCUGAGGUAGAUGCUGUAGUAGUCACAGAGGGGGAGAUGGAAGAGAGAGAGACAGAAGUGACUGGGGCAGUAGGGACCACAGAGCCUCAUACUGGAGUUUCCAUGGAAACUGUUUCAACUUAAUGUGCAAGGGCCACAACUUGUACUGUGUCCAUCUUUUUCCUCUUUAAAAAAAAAUACAGAGGACAAACAUUGUGUAAAUAUUAAGAAUGUCCUAAAGAAGAAAAUUAUAGCAGGGUACAAUGCUAUAGGCUACAACUUGGGCUCAGGAAAGCUCUCUGUGCAACUGGAAACUUCAAAGCCAAAUUUAAGGAACACGUCUUCUGAGGGUCCAAAAUAAUAAGGACCAGAUUUCUCAGCUCACAUCAUUGCUUGAAGCAUAGUGGUAAAAGAAAGGUGGAUGUUAUGGACUGAUUGUUUUUUAAAUAACUGACUUUCCAUCAGAAGAUUUUGAAAUAAUAUUUCUAAUAUGGACAUACAUACCCAGAGCCUUUAAUAGUUGUACCAUCAAGUGACCUGAAACUUUGCCUUAGAUUUAUGAUGUGUACCCAUUAGGGAAGAAACCUAAUUGGGAGGAGGGAUUAGAUGUAAGCUUUGGGGGAGACAAAUAUAUUCUGCUUCCAAAGGAACAGGCAGGCACUCCCCACUAUCCUGAGUUAAUUUCACUGAGAAGAAAUCACCUAAGUGAAUUUGCAUCCAUUGUGUGUCCAUAGCCCAGAUGCCAGUUUAAGAAACUAAAAUAAAAUUUUUAAAAACUGGAAAAGAAAGAAAACUUGUUGAUGUGGGAGAAGUGUAUGUAGAUCCCAAAUCCUCCAGCUGCACCUCUGCGAUGCUGGAAAGUGGCCACAAUAGAGACUCGUGGGGUUAGGAAACAGUCUGGUCUCGAGAUACCAACUUUGCUCUGGCUAGAUUUUAUGAAAUUGCAAUGAGGAGGGUAGUCUGUUGUCAGAACAACUUGCUUCCAAACAUUUAUUUAUGUAAUAUCAAGCUUUAAUAUGAACUUUUUAACUUUAUAAAAUUUUGUUGAGUUUGCUAAGUGUGCCUUUCUGUGGAACUUACAUGGUAUCCACUCAUGUGCAAGAAAAGACAGGAGGAGAGAUGAAGGCUGAGGAUGUUGUAUUUUUAAUCCAUCUGAUUUGGGCUGAGUACACUGUUAUUUUCUUAAGGUCAGGUCUUGUGUGGAGCUUUUGUGCUUUAUAGGUGCUCAGUGUUGGCAGAGGGGAUAAGGACAACCAGUGCCAUAACAUAAGGAACCAAAGAUUCUGGCCAGAUCUUUGUCACCUUACUCUCUUCUCUCCCACCAUGCCUGCUACUUUUGCCUAGACACUUUAGAAAGUGUUUCAUUGCUGGGAUUUCUUGGAGUUUUUUUUUUUUUUUUUUUAAAGAAUGGGAAUAUGGGUGGAGAGAGAGAGAGGUUGUGGAGAGGUCAUCAUCCUGGACUUGCCUUGUUAUAAAUUAGAAGCAACCAGAGAGAGACGUGAAGGACAGGGAAGCCUGGUGUGCUGCAGUCCACAGGGUCGCAAAGAGUCGGACACGACUGAGCAGACUGAACAAGAGGGAGAUGUGCCAAGUAAACAGUUGAAUGACUGUUUAGAAUAAGAUUUUCUUAAUUAGCGAUCAUGGGGAAAACAUGUAUUUUUAAUUUGGAAUAAAAUGUGACAGUUAACAGGGUUCUGUUUACUUUGAUUAGUGAAGUAAUUUGCUGCAGUUUUCCAGAGGUGCAGAAUCAUUUAGGGCUCAAAAUAGACUGUAAACAUAACUCCCCAAACCAAAUUUGACAAAAGUGAAAAGAAAAGUGAAAGUGAAGUCACUCAGUCAUGUCUGACUCUUUGCAACCCAGUGGACUGUAGCCUACCAGGCUCCUCCAUCCAUAGGAUUCUCCAGGCAAGAAUACUGGAGUGGGUUGCCAUUUCCUUCUCCUGGGGGUCUUCCCGACCCAGGGAUCCAACUCGGGUCUUCUGCAUUGCAGGCAGACACUUUACCCUCUGAGCCACCAAGGAAGCCCCAAAAGAAUUGUCUGUUAGAGGCUUGUAGACAAAAAUAUCAGUUUUGAAAUGAAUUUUGGCUCUGGGCCACCUUAGCUAGGUUUUCUCCAUGGACCAAGUACUGAGCACUUUCCAGAUAAUCAGAGAUUAGUCUGCACCUUUGGGGAUGGUGGAGAAAUUCAGUAGAACAGCCUAGGUAUGGGUGAGUGUAAAAUGGUGGUAUCUGCUGUCAAAUCGUUCUGUUUCUAUUUGCAAUGUUUUUCCUUUCUCUGAGUCCCUUUGUGAAUCAGGUGCUAACAGUAAGCUGCUAUUGUGUUCCAUUUCAGAGCUUUAGCUUAACUAUAGAGGGACCAAGUGUUACUUUAGAUGUGUUUUGUGUGUUUUCUUGGUGUAUAUAUUGACUUUAGUUCCUUGUUUUUUGGUUUGUUUGGUUUUUUUUUUUCUUUCCUGUUAAGGGGGUGGAGGUUAACUCUGCAGAAAAUAUCUACAUCCAACCAGCUACCUUAGUGCUGAUUCCAUCCAGCACUCCCUUCUGAGUAUACAGAGCCCCUACUGUUUGAAGGAACUGUUUAGAGGUUCUUAUUCUUUUUCUGUAAAAUCCUAUCAUUCCCACCCAGAAAAAUAUCUCAUAUAGCCCAAGUCAUUUUUGAUGAUGGGGUCUCUGAGACAGGGAGUUUAAGGAGGGGUUGGGUUAGGGAGAGAGAGAAGGGCAGUGUUUGGAAAGAAGUGGGUACUAAAAGAGCAUUUGUUUUUUUUUACCUGGAAUAGACAUUUUGCAUUCCAGAGAAGGAAAAUAGGAUUUGAUCUCUAGUGGUAUUGCCAUAGAGAGAAUGGUAGGUCAGGAUCCCUUGAAGCAGUUAAUAUUAUUAACGACAUUAUUGGCAGUACCGUUAUAUGAUUUUGCAUAUUUUUCUGGAUCAACCUUGGAAGUUGGGAAAAUGUUGCUAGGUCUUCUGGGUUUGGGGAAUGCAACUGGUCUAUUGGUAAGGUUGGAUUACAGAGACUCAAAUAACAGACAGGUGGUUCAGAGGUGGUACUUGAGCAGGAAAAACCUGAAACCUAGGAUGACUGCUUAUUUUAAAAUAAAGCUGCUUUAAUAGUAUCAGUAUUAAUAUAGAAAUUUUAGACCCUACAUUUACAUUAUGGUUUUAAGCUUCCCCCUAAAUAAGAGAAAGAAAUAAAUCUUAGUAUUUCUGUUCUUGUUCCCGGCUUCAGGGAAAUUACUUACAAAUAUAUAGAUGGACAUUCCCUUCCUAUCACUACCUCUGUGGGAUCUCUUAAUUAUAAUGCCAUAGUUGAGGUCUCUUACUUGAAGUAUGAGAGAACUUGGCUUUAGGUUUUCUGUAUUUUGAACUCAGCACCUUAAAAUAUUUUCUUUUUUCUCUGUCAUAUCUGUUUCAUUAUUUUUGGCUUUGCCUCGCCCUCUUUUUCAGCCUUAGCAUUGCUUUAUUAAGAUUUUUGUGUCUGCUCAGUAAUACUAGAAAUCUGUGGCAUACAAAAUGACUUUCCUUUCUCUCUUUAUAUUGCUGUAAAAGAAAUGAAUUUACCAGAAGGCUCUCCGGUUGAAGUUAGGUAUUUUGUGACCAGUGCAUUUUUUUUAACACCCCUUUGCUGCAUGUAUAUUAUUGUGUAUGUUUAUAAAUACAUAUGAAUUUUCCCACUUUUCUCUUUGUUUUGAGGUCCAAUUCUAAAAGUACCUGGUAAAAGCUGGAAAUAUUUUUUAUUUCAUCAAACACUUUAGAGAGGGUUUCUUUCAAUUCAUUAAAGGGACUGAGGAAGAAAAAGCAUUACUUUGGCCCUUUUCUGAGAGGCACACUCAACAGGCAGUAAUGAGAAACCUGAGGAGUAAGGCCCUCGGGAGAGCCAGUACCUAGCUUUGCAGAGAUUUCUUUAGCAUAUAGUGUGAUGACAUCAUGUAAACUGAAAGCUUCAGAGCAGAGUCGAGGGUAGAACUGGAGCUGCCUUUCCACAGAGCAAGCCUCCUUUCCACUCCUGUGGCAGCUGUUUUGACUGACAUUUGCAUAAUUUCUUAUACUUCUGAAUAGGAAAGAAACUCUAGAUAAAGGUCCGUGGCAGAAGCAGCAGACAUUCUAUACAUCUGCUUUUCCAGUUUAGACACUUCAUCCUUUUAAGAAAAGAUCAUUUUGAGAAAUUUCUGUGGCUCUGUCCUAACAAACAACAUCAUGGAUCCCCAGAACUAGAAAUCUUGAGGAAUAUAGAGAACUAUUCCCAGAAGUUUAAUCCUGAAUGGCAAUCAGUCUUUGUCCAGAUUUAUUGGAGAAUGGCCUUCUAUUCUCUGCUCCAUGUGUAUACAUCUCUGUAUGGCCAGAAAAGGAGCUUUAGAAUGGAAUACAAGCCAAGCAUACCUGUGUGCUGCUCUAGGCUCUUAUCUAUUUCCAUUUUAUGUUUUCGCCUUCUGAGUUAGUAUUCUAUUUCCUGUGCCAACAUAUUUACCAAGAGACAGGAGCAAGAAGGAUGUGAAUUCAAUUUAAGUAGCUUUGAACCUCUGGUACUGCCUUUUUUUUUUUUUUAAGCCUCUUUAAGAUUAGGAGGUGGAGUGAUAUCCCAAGAUUGUACUACAGAGCAGUUUGGCUUGUUAAUGGCAGGAAAUUGUGAUUCCCUGUCUCUCUCUCCUCCCCUUCCCCUCUAACUACUUCUGCUUCUGUGACCCCAUUGUUCUUAUCUCAUUGAGCCUUUCCCAGGCACUGGAACUUAAUUAGUAGGUCAUUUCUAAUCUAUGGGCCUUGUCUUUCCUCUUUCUAUUCCCUGCCUUCCCCACCACAUAUUUUCUGUUUAUUAAGUGGUUUAUUCUUAAUUCUGAGAAUUAAUCUAGGUCAUGCUCUAUAUCCUGUGCUUCCUCAUUGGUUUCAGGCAUCUUGUUUUAUCAGCAGUAAUAAUAACAGCUCCCUUCUCUGGCUUUGCCCUGUGUACUGUCCUUCUGCCAAGGCCACUUGUGUUAGGCCAGAGAAAGGGUAGGUGGGGUGCUUAGCUUCUCAAAACAGCUUCAGUUUUACAAGUUGUCUGACAGCUUUAUGUACAGUACAUUUUAGGAAAACAAAUCUACUUCUCUUAUUUAGGAUUUUAAUAAAAUAGGGUUUGAAUCUGAUGAGCAAGUUCAUGUGUGUGUGUGAGCAUUUAUGUGUAUGUACACCUAUACAAAUCUAUAUUAUAUAUACAAUUUUUGUACUAUCAUUUAAAAUAAAAAGAUAUUUCUUAAUAAAAUGUCAAAGUCUUACCA